AUGCAUUUGCUGAGACAAGCAGGAGUGCCGGUGCCACGGAGUAUAAGUGUAUACAAGACAUCUGAUCUCAAUCACGUCGAGAGUCGGCUCAAUUUUCCUGUUGUCCUUAAAGUAUCGACAGGGACCUUUGGGAACAAGAUAGUAUUGGGUGUAACUACAUUGGCUCAACUUAAGGUAGAGUACAUGAAGCUAUGUCCUUCUUCAUGCGAAGCUUUUCUCGUCGAGGAGAUGGCUGUUGGUGAGCAUUACCGCGUCUUAGCGAUUGACGGCAUUGUUGUUGACGUAGUUCAUCGAAGGCCAAAUUGGAUUUCAUGUGAACACACCGACUUCACAUUCGGCGACUGCGUGUCUCGCAAUAAUCACCUCAGGUCACAGAUUGGCCUCAGCAGUAUACCUGUUGAUUGGGAAUUUCUCCGUCACUCAAAAAAAUUGUAUCCUGACACCCGGCUUGCUUGGCGCCACCUGAGAAAGAUUCGUCUUAGUGACGAUAUGCGACGAUUCCAAGGUAACUACCUCGAACAUGUUCCUAGCUCCAGGUGGCAUCCUUCACUCCAUAUUCUUGCCAGAAGGAUUUUUAGCAUUGGCGUUCCCACUCAGCGUAUGAUUGGCUUCGACGUCAUCGCUUCUAAUAUCUCGUCUGACAUUCGCAAUUUUCCCCCGCCUAUAUUAGUCCAUGACAUCAAUUCUAAUCCAGACACUACAAUUUCGUUCGUGGCUGCUAACCAGCCACACUGUCCCUUUUAUGUAACAGAACGAAUCCUCGAUGCGAUGUGCAUGUGA